AUGACAACAGAGGAGAAAACAUGUAUCCGGUGCCCAUGGGUGACAGAGGAUCCAUUGUAUAUAAAGUAUCAUGAUGAAGAAUGGGGUAAGCCAGAACGUGAUAAUUUUCGUUUGUUUGAAAUGCUAUGCUUAGAAGGACAACAAGCUGGCCUAUCGUGGAUAACAAUACUAAAAAAAAGAGAGAACUAUCGGACAUUUUUCUUUAACUUUGAUCCUUACAAAAUUCUAACACUAACAGAAAGUGAUUUGAAUAAAAUUUUGCUAGAGAAAGGAGUUGUGAGACAUAAAGGUAAACUAGAAUCCAUAAAAAAUAAUGCUAAAUGCUAUAUAGAUAUGGAAAAGAAUGGGGAAGAUUUCUCUAAUUUUAUUUGGAGUUUCGUUAAUCACAAACCCAUGGUGAAUAACUGGACCCAUUCAAAUGAAAUCCCUACUGAAACAAAAACGUCAUUGGCUCUGGCCAAUGCACUGAAAAAAAGAAGUUUUAAAUUUGUUGGUAAUACGGUUUGCUAUGCUUUUAUGCAAGCAUGUGGCCUAGUGAAUGAUCACGUUGGUAGUUGCAUUAGUAAAACUGAAAGUGUACUGACAACAGAUUAA